AUGACUACAACAUCGAUGAAAACAUUACCUCCAUUACCAGCAACAACAACAACAACUAGUGGUAGCAGCCCCACGACGAUCACGAAUUCAACACAUAAUCCUCGUGGUAGUGGUAGUGGUAGUGGUGGUGAUACCACUAAUGAUGAUGGCACUCAUGUCGUCGUCGUCGUACCGAAAAUCUCUCCAAGACAACCUCUUCCUCCUCUUCCAGUAAAAGCCUCUUCUCCUUCUUGUUCCACAACGAGUGGUGGUGGUGGUGGUACUAGUAGUAGUGGUAAUAUGAACAACAACAGCAUCCAUACGGAUUCAUCCUCACCAUGGACAACAACAACACCUUCUCUCGAUACUCUUCCAAUUCGUUCUCCAUGCGACACUACCAAUUCAAGUACUUUGUAUUUCAACAGCAACAACAACAGAAACAUGAACAACACGAACAACAAUCGAACGACAAUAAGAAUUGAGAAGAAUCCCUCUCCUCCACAAAAGAGUCAAAUCACUCUCGAACAGCAAUUAUUGUUGGCUUGUACCAAUUCCAUCAGCACUCCUUCAUCAACAACGAGUACUCCUACAACUGCGGAUCCAACAACAGGUUGUGAAGUUUGCUUUGCAACAAGCAACGCUUCUUCUCAACCAAAGAGACCUCAGAUUGAUGGGAACCAUGAAAACACAAACAACAACCACAACAACACACCCAACAAUGCAACGAAUGCCAAUUUGACUACGAUUGAUUCUCCGUAUGAUGAACCACUCAAGGCUUUCUUAGACAUUUAUGAGAAUCGAAUUCUCAUUGUAGAUUCAUCACAACUUGUUGCAUCACCUCCUUCAAACAAUACUCUUCCACAAAAACCGUUCAUCAAGCCAAAAACUGUGAGUGAGGAAUUGUUGAAAAAGCACACUAAGAGAUCCUUUCAUAUUGAGAGCAUACUGGGAAGAGGUUGUUUUGGAUGUGUCUAUUUAUGUCGUGAGGAAUUUGACGGAUGUCCCUCAGGGGAAAGAAUGGCUCUAAAAAUUGUGUCACCUUCUGGAAAUGUCAUGCCCAAUGUCUAUGGCGAGUAUAAAUUAAUGAAAUCACUAGAGCAUGAGAGCGUAAUGAAAGUCUAUGAUUAUUAUGAAAUGCUCACCAGUUUACAACCUGGAGCCAUGUUCACAAUGAAAUAUUAUGAAAAAGGCGAUUUGAGACAAUUUAUCGAAGAAUACGAAAAGAAAGAAAUGAAAAUUUCGAUACACUGGAUCUAUGACUUUAUUUUACAAAUGGCUUCAUGUUUAAAUUUCAUUCACAAGAGAAAAAUUAUUCAUCGAGAUUUGAAACCUGAAAACAUUUUUCUUGAAGAAUGUUCAGAGCACACGUGUAAGAUAGUACUGGGCGAUUUUGGCCUGGCAAAAAACAUUCCCAAGUCUCAUGGAUUGUUUUCUCAAGUGGGUACCAUGAAAUAUUGGUCUCCAGAGGUUGUAAAUAAUGAUGAGUACGGAUCAGAGACAGAUAUUUGGUCACUCGGAUGUGUAAUGUACGAACUCAUGACACUUAAGAGCAAACAAGUGGAACGUAUUGUAACUCUCAGACAAGAGGGUGCUCUAGUGAAUGACAUGGUCAACCGUUAUCCUCAAGAAAUUCCAAUGAUCGAGCUAAUUGUAAAAAUGCUUAACAAACAUCACAAAGAUAGGCCUUCUGCUGAGGAAAUUUUGAAUCAGCCUUAUAUGAUUCGAUUCUCUCAAAUGAAACAAGUGUGUGAACAUAUUGUCACCAAAUUGAAAGAAAGGCUAGAGCAAUACAAAUCAGUUCAGAAUAUGGAUAAUUUCAAACAAGUGUCGGAUAUUUUGCAUAGGAUUCAAAAAUUUAGGGCCACAAGUUACGACUCUGACGAAUUAAGAAUUCUUCUCCAUAAUGCAUAUACAUUAUUAGGGGAGAAGUUGCCAGAUAACAUUGAUUUGAAACCAAAAAAACCUAAACACAAAGAGUUCACAAAAGAAGAAAAGAUUAACACACCAAAGAAAAAAACUCCAAUCACACCACGUGAUGGAAACAUGUAUUCUUCAUUACCUUCUGCCAUUCAACCCUCAAACAUCUCUAAUCAAUUCAGGGUUACUGUAGGAGGAGAGGAUGGCAGUGAAUUCGAUCAUAUCAAGUCACAACAACAUGGCGAUCAUGGUGGCCAGUCAUCACCUCCUGAACUUUAUGACAUUUCCUCUCGGCCAAUUCUCUUGGCCAAUUCUGCAGAAUUAGAAAAUAAUCAUCUCAAACCCAAUGUAAAUAAGAAUCAUGUAAAUAAUUCAGAUGAAGUAGAAACUCCACAUAGAAAGAGAUCCAUUUCGCGACCCACCAUCAUUAGUCAACUUAAAGGACUGGUCGGCUAUGGAGAAAAUUCUUCUUCAACCAAUAACGGAGCCGUCUCAAAUACAAGCACUCCAACCUCAACUCCAAAAGGAGCUCCUAAACUACCUCGUGAUAAGCGUGACAUUGUCAUUAAGGCUCCCAAUCCCGCAAAAUUCCAUCAUGAAGUUCACAUUGGAGUUGACGACAAGCAAUUUCGAAUUAGUGGCAACUAUCCAAAAGACUUUGAUCAUGUUCUUUCGGAUAUGAAACGAGAAAUGGAAGAAGAGUCAAUGGAACAGCAUCCUCAACAACCGCAACAAGAAGAAGAGAUACCUCCUAGAUUGCACCGUCGAUCCACCAGUCUUUUUGAAAAACCAUCAACAUUGAAUGAAAUGGAUGCGACACCUGGAAGCCCAACCAAAGGAAGGAGUGCCACCGUUUCAACUGCUACACCAACCACCAGCAUUUCUGUAACAAUGACAACCACCAGUCCAAGAAUGUCUCCUCUCUUGUUGCAAUCUUCCAACGAGACUCCCUCUACUCCAUCCAAUUCAGAAAUUUUGAAAUUCUCUCCUCGAAUCGAUCAAAAAGUAUUGGCAAAGCUUAACACGAUCACUCCCACGAGUAAUUUCAACAACAAUAAGGAUCCUACUUCUCCUCCUCUUGGUGGAGCGUUUAAACUCAUCUCCAAUAUAAGGCAACAAGACAUUAUAGAGAGCUAUAUUGAGGAAGCUUGUAAUUCUCCAACUGUUUCAAGAAGAAAACGUUAG